UUUUAAGUUUCAUUUCUUCAGCGAACAUCGAGGCUCUCAGCCUUUGGUUGACCUGCUUCUAACCAAAUAUCUGCAGGAUAUAAAGGAGAUUCAAACUUGAGUUUGCUCUAGAAGUUGAGGUCAGAUGGCUGCUCUGAACCCAAGCCUCUCCAGAAACCAGCAGAAAACUAUCUGCUCUCAGCUGGGAAACGUCAAACUGAAGCUGAUCUACAAAGCCUCUGUCCACGGCUUUACUGCUGCCGCCUUCCACCAGAGAUGUGACAACCAGGGGCCCACUGUGUCUGUGGGCUACAAUACCACUGGUUAUGUGUUUGGAGGCUACGCCAGCCAACCGUUCAGUCAGUCUGGGCAGUGGGUGAAUGAUAACCAGGCUUUUCUUUUUAGUUUUACUGGUGGAAAACUCCAGAAGUACCCCUGUACUAAUGCUGCUAAUGCACUUCUAAUGGAUCAGAACAAUGGUCCUUUUUUUGGAAAUGCUUUUGCUCUUAUCUAUCAAAACCAACCAGUGACCUACAGCGCUCCGGGGAAUUAUUACAACUUCAAUGCUGCAGAAAUGCAUGGAAAUGACCUGAAGCUGAGUGAAUGUGAAGUUUACCAGGUGGAAGAAUCCAUUGAAAUUGAGAAGCCGUGGAGGAAUGUCGUCUGGGAAUCUAAGAAGAGGUCGGAGCUGAUGGAGAGCAUCAAAACCUACAAACCCACACUCAGUUCUGUGACCCAGGCUCGGGUUUUGCUCAUCGGACAGGUCGGAGCCGGAAAGUCCAGCUUCUUCAACUCCAUCAACUCUGUUUUCAGAGGCCACGUCACCAGCCAGGCCAUCGCUGGCAGCUCUUCCACCAGCCUCACCACUCAGUUCCGAUCCUACUCUGUGAAAGCUGGACGAGAAGGCAAACCCCUGCCAAUCAUCCUGUGUGACACCAUGGGCCUGGAGGACAACAAAGGGGCGGGGCUUGAUGUGGAGGACAUCAGCAGCAUCCUUAAGGGACAUGUGCCGAAUUGUUACCAGUUCAACCCAGCUGCUCCUCUUCUUCCCGAGUCUCACGGCUAUCGCAAGUCUCCGGCUGUCAAAGACCAGAUUCACUGUGUAGCUUAUGUUAUUGAUGCCAGCAAGGUCUCCAUUAUGCCCCCAAAGCUGGAGGAGAAGAUGGAGAGCAUCCGCAGAAAGGCUAACCUGUUGGGGAUUCCUCAGCUGGUUCUGCUCACUAAAGUGGAUGAAGCUUGUCCUUUGGUGAAAGACGAUCUGAGAAACAUCUAUAAGAGCGGAUACAUCAAGGACUUGAUGCAGGAGGUCAGCGUCAGGGUGGGCGUGCCGCUGUCCUGCGUUGUUCCAGUCAAGAACUACAGCGGGGAGCUGGAGCUGGACUUGAACUGCGACAUCCUGCUGCUCAGCGCCGUCAUCCAGAUGCUCCGGUUCGUCGAUAACUACUUCGAUGACCUCAGCGACCGACUGAGCAGCGUCAAAUGCGAGGAUUAAGAAUCUGUAUUAACAAAACCUGACAGUUCACGCUUAUCUGCUUAUCUAUCAGUAUUUACGCAUUUAUCCAAAACAACUCUAGAGUUUUACAUAUUCAAUGCAACUGAAUAUACAUAUUUACCUUAUAAAGGUAAACAUAUUACCUUUAUAUUUACCUUAUACAAAUUGACUGCAACAACUUACAACUCCAGUCUGAUGAUGUUUUUGUUUCUCAUUGGUUCUUGAACGUCUUUAAAUUGGGGGAUAAUGUUUUUAAAGUUUAUUCUGCAGGUUUGGUUGUAGAUUAUGAUGUAAUCAUAAUCUGAAACAUUUAAGUUCAACAACAAAGGUAGGAAAUCAGAAAGUUGUUCACUUCAAUGAGUCUGGAUAAAUCAGAUUUAUUACCUUAAUUGUCUUGGUGACUUGGUAUUUUUCAGGACGUUUACACAGGAACUCCAGGAAAACAGCAAAUAUAUCUGUGGGCAUAAAACUGAAGUAAAAUCUAGUAAGUAAAAAUUAUAUCAUAGCUUCAUGUGUAAAGAUUUGCUGAUAUUUGCCUUUCCUGGAUACCUUAGAAUGUUGAAAAAAAAAAUCCCUUUCUAUUUGUUUUGUCCACCUAAGUGUUGUUUACAGUUCACUUAUUUAUGCUUUUUUUAGUUAAAAAAACAAUCUGAGACAGAUUUAUUACAUGCAAGUGUCAGUUC